UUUUUAAGUAAUAAUGAAGAACAUGAUAUUAGUAAAUUAAGAGGAGAAAAAUUUAAUAUUUUACAAGGAUUAUUUAUACAACCAUUUUUGCAUUAUACAGAAGUAUUAGUUAUAGUUACAGAUAUUAAUAUAUCAGUUGUAGAUAUUUCAGGAAAUGAAUUUAUUAUUUUUCCACCAUUUAUUCAUCAAAUAGAUAAUAUUCAAGUAACAAAAGGAUGUUUUAUUAAAGACACAAAUUAUUUUUAUCUUAUUUCAACACAAACGUUAUAUUGUUUUGAAGUAGUAAAAAGAGAUCCAUCAUCUCUUCCUCUUUCAGUGUAUCGACCUUCAACAACAUUUUAUUUGUAUCCAAAACUUAUUAAUAAAAUUGAAUUUGCAAAAGAAAUUAUUGGGAUUUUUCCUUUUGAUCAAAGUGUACUUAUAUCAUUUAUUGAUAAUACAUUUACAUUAUCAACACAACCAAAUUCUGGAUUUAAAAUACAAAAUGGUCAAAUGGAUAUGACUGUAGAAGAUAUUGAUGUUACUUCUUUAAUUAUUUCAUCAGAAUGUACAUCUAUGAUUUAUAGAAGAAAUGAUAUGACAAUAGUUUUUGCUGGACUUGUAGAAGGAAGUUCUCUUCCAAUUAUUAAAUCAACGUUCAUUUUACCAACAAAUAUUAAAAGUUAUAUUAUUAGUGAAACAUAUUAUUUUGCAUUAAUAGAUGAAGACAAUAAAAUUCAUAUUUAUCAAUAUUCUCCAUUGAAUUUUACAUGUCAUAAAGUUAAAAUAAUACAAAAGUCUAUAUAUUGUAAUAUUGACAAUAAUACAUUUACACCUAAAAUUCAAUUUCUUCCAAAUAACAAUCUUAUUAUUCAAUGUAAUGGAUUAUCUACAAUAAUUACACCAAAUGGAAUUGUUAUUAAUUCAAUUGAAGAAGAAGGAAAUUAUCUUAUUGAUUCAAAUUGUUGUAGAUUAUUUAAAAUACCAUUAUUUCAUUCUCAAUUAAUUAUUAAUGAAACAAAAUUAAUGAACACUAUAGAAAUGAAUGACCUUGCUAUUCAAUAUACUUCUACAACAAUUAAUAUUAUAACAAAUACAAUUCAUUCAACAAAAAAAGUUUAUUCUUUUAUUAUUCCACAAGAAUUAUUAUCUAAAUAUUUUUAUUCUAUUCAAUCUCUUUGUGUUUAUCCUAUUAAUGAUACUUAUCUCUUUAUUUUAAAACAACCUCAUUUACUUGUUUUAUUUGAUUCUAUUUCUUCUAUUCAAGCAGUAAUUCCAAUUGAUCUUUGUAUUUUAAAUAAUAGUAUUUCAUGGGAAUUUGAUAAAGGGACUUUAAUAUUAUUUCAAUUAUCAUCAUCUUUACUUCAUAUUUUAGCUUAUAAAUAUCCUAAUUUUACUUUACCAAUUUAUGAUUCUAUUGAAAUUAUUCCUCCUUUAGAAAAUAUUCAAAUAACUAAAAAACACAUUAAAUCAUCUUCUACACAAAAUUUAAAAUCAAAUCAAUUUAUUGAUUUAUCUAACUCAAUUAAUUCUUUUGGUAUUCUUUUAACGAAUAUUAAAGAAAGUUUUGUAUAUACAUUAAUUGGUUUUCCUAAUCAAAUAGGAUUAUUGACUUGGAAAAUUGGUUAUAAAAAUAAUUUAUUCACAUUUCAAUUAAUUAAAUCAUCUUCACUAAUUCGUAAUGAUUCUAUUGACCUUUGUUCAUCAAUUCCAAUUCAAUUUACAUCAUCAUUUUCUUCAUCUGAUUAUUCUUCUCCAACAACAACAAUUAUCUUAUGGUCAAAUUUUGUUGUUACUUUAACCAAAUCAGAUUCUAAAGACCCAUGUGAAAUUAUAAAUGAUAGUGUUCAUUCAAUAUCAAUUCCUUUCAAAAAUAUCUUAUUAGUACAACAAACUGGAAAUGUAAUUAUUCGUCAUUUAGAUUCACUCUUUUAUACAUUUACUAUUCCUGUUAAACUUUCUUUACUCAUAACAUCUCCUCCUUAUUUAACUGUUCUUUCACCUGACUUUCCAACCUUACAAUCUCAAAUACAAUUUAGUCGUCCUUUUUCACUUAAAAGAGGUCUUUCCAUUCUAUCAGACUCAACUGAAUUUUCAAAUUCAACUUCACUUAUUAGUCCAAGUCUUCCUUCUCCAAGUUCUCUUUCAACUUCAAUAACACCAUCAAUAAUUCAAGGACUUAUUAAUGAAAAUGAAAUUGUUCAGCCAUAUAAUAAUUCUCCUGGACUUAUUCCAUUAACAACAAAAGAUAUUACAAUACCAUUAUGUGAAGGAUUAAAAGAAUAUAAUUAUCUUGGAGAAAUUAUGUUAGUAGAAUUAACAAAUGGAAAAGGAAUUAAAGAGAUAGAAGAAGAAUUUGGAAAUGAUACACAAAUAUGGGAAAAUGAAUUAGCAAAAUGUAUGUGUAAAGUAACAGAAGGAUAUCAUGAUAAGAAAAUUGGAUAUACAACAUAUGAAACAGUUGUAAAUUAUAUUUCAAGAAAUGAAAAUUCAAGAAAAGUUAUUUUAAAUGCAUCAACAUUAAUAAAAAAUGAAUAUUGGAAUGAAUUAUUUGAAAUUGUAGAUUCACCUAUUGUUAUAUUUAUUGAUUGUUUAGAAAAAGAAGAAUAUGAAGAUGCUAUUAAAUGUUUAUUAAUUAUUAUAGAAUGUUAUAAUAAACCAGUAGCAUUACAAUAUUCUAUUGAAUUAAUUCAGACAUUAUUUGAAAAAAAUACACAACUUCAGUUAAUACCAGAAAUAGUAUCUAUCUUUUUUAAAGACAUAAAUAUUAUUGUAUCAACAGAAGAAAGUGCUAUUAGUAAUUAUUUAUUUGAGUUAAUUAAAAGAUGUAUUUAUCAAUUAUUAGAAAGAAAUUCUUUUGAAAUCCUUUAUAAAUUCUGUGAAAAAGAUAAUCCAUUCUUAAUUAAAUGUUUUGAUGUUGAUUCUCCACCUGAAAUAGAUAUUCUAGAUGGUUUAAAAAAAGCACAAUAUUUUGUUAAAUUACAUUCUCCUCAACGUGUUUUAUCAUUCGGUAAAAUCUUACUUGAAAAUAAACAUUAUACUCAAACUUUAUUAUUUGGUAUUUCAUCUAAAUUAAAGGCAUUACUUAUAUUUGACCAAUCAUAUUAUUAUCUUGAAUUACUUAGUAAUGAAUUUCAAUAUACGAAUCUUGAACUUGCUGAAUUACUAAAAAAAUAUCGAGACAUUUCACAAAAUAUUCAACCGUCUUUAUUAUCUUUAUAA